AUGGCUCCGAUUAAAAGCGCGGAGCUACCACCUUUCUCGGUGGUCUAUUCGAAGAAGUAUUUUGUAAUGAAGCAGCUUGUACAAGGGGCGCCAAAGGGGAGCAAGCCGUUACAGGUUACCACUGCGCAGGGGUGUCAUCAUUGCGUGGCUGCCUUCUACUCUGCUGCCCGGCGCCAGCUGGCGGUGUUUGUGGCCAAUCAAGACGGGGAUGAUUACCCGGUGUCAUUGGCCAUUGAUUCUUUCGCAGCAGAGAAUUCAGCUGCUCCUGUACAAGUCAAGAUAGGCUGGUCCAAUCCGAUGGCGGAUAUUUCUCGUCAGCCUGACUCCGCAGCUCAGCCGUUGGAUCCCGUCCUCGUGGAGGGAGCGCUUUUUUUCCGGCCAGAGGAGGGGGGGGAGGCGGAGAUUGCGCAAGGCGCAAAAGCUGCUGCGGAAAACCUGCAGCAAAAGCAGGAGCAGCAAGGCGCGCAAAAUUACCGUUUAAACGGGCGUGACGUGGCGCACAGGGACGGUGCAUGGUCCUUUCGUUUGAACCACAGCAACGCGGGUAGAACAAGCGAGGCGGGUGAAGCAGGAAGCACGGGAGCGGAUUUAGGCGUGCAAUUGCGAUCAAUCAACGUGAGAACGACCCGGAACAGAAACACCCCCCGUACUAGCUGGGAGCGGCAGGAUGGCUCUACCCUCGACUCGUCGUCUUCCCCUGACAGCGCGUCCCCGUUUGGAACUGCUUCGGUUACAGCAACGGAGGCUGGAGACUCCCUAGCGGUGUACCAACGAGCGGUGGCUAAGCUAGUGGCGUUUGGGUUCAACGGGAAGGAGAUUAACGACCAUGCUCGCCGCCUCAUCGCAUUGGGUGCGGGCGGUGUUGUCCUCUUCGCCCGCAACUUCUCCGAUCCCCGCCAGCUGGCCUCUUUCUGCGCCGACCUCAAGCGGGCGGCGUUCCCUCGGCGUCUUCUCAUCAUGGUGGAUCAGGAGGGCGGCAGAGUCACGCGCCUCGGCCCGCCCUUCACCUGCAUCCCCGCCGCCCGCACCAUCGGCUUUUCCCGAAACCCUAAUCUCGCUCGGGCGGCUGGCCGUGUCUUGGGGCGGGAGUUAAGAUCGGUUCAUAUAGAUAUAGACUUAGCUCCUGUACUAGAUGUAGAUACUAACCCUGACAAUCCAGUUAUAGGGGCUCGGUCGUUUAGUCGGGACCCGGGUGUUGUCUCUCAGAUGGGGUACGAGCUUAUAAGGGGUAUGCAAGGGGAGGGGGUGGCAGCGUGUGUGAAGCAUUACCCAGGGCAUGGGGAUACAUCGAUCGAUAGCCACCUGGCGCUUCCCUAUUCGUCGCACGAUCUCAGCCGGCUUGAAUCUGUGGAGCUGGUGCCGUUUGCGCGGGCGGCAGUGGAUGCUGACGUGGCAGCAGUGAUGGUCGCCCACGUGGCAGUGCCUGCACUUGCCACGUGGCAGCCUCCCCCUUCCAUGGAGUACCUCCCAGAGAGUGUGAAACGUGUCAUCAGUCCACGGUGGGAUCUGUUUUCCCCGUACAGGAGGCGAAAGCAGUGGGACGAGGCGAGGAGAGAAGCAGAAGCAACCUUGGGAUUGCCGCGAUCGCUCUCUGAGUCUGACCUGAGGGGUUCUGGCAGUGCUGGUGAUAAGAGUAGCCAUGACAGCAGUAGAAAUAGCAGUAACAGUUGUGUUACCACUGGAGCUGACACAGUCAAAUCCCCAUCAACCACACAACAGCCACACCAGCAGCAGCCUAUUCCUCCCACCAACCACCCCGCCCCAUCCCCCAACCCCUCCCCACUGGCUGCCUUCGGCUCUUCUCUCCCUGCCACUCUCUCCCCCGGUGCCCUCUCCUACCUUCGUAUGGAGAUUGGUUUCGAAGGCGCCGUGUUAUCAGAUUGCCUGGAGAUGGGGGCGAUAGUGAAGCAUGUGGGUGUGGGAGAGGCAGCAGUGCUGGCUGUAGCAGCAGGGGUGGAUAUGGUGUUGGUCUGCCACACGGAGACCAGACAGGCAGAAGCUGUUGAUGCGCUGGCGCACGCGCUACAGUCCGGGCGGCUCUCAGUGAAAAGAUUCCGGGCAGCUUCCCGGGCAGUUGAUGCGCUGGCGCGAGUGUUUUGGCGGCCGCCCCCGCCCGAGGGGAGUGAGGUGGAGGAGAGGUAUUGGGAGGAGGAACAGCGGGUGGUGGGGUGUAGGGAGCAUAGGGAGGUUGUAGCAGAGAUAGAGCAUGAGGCGUUGGCGCGGGGAGAGGGGGAUGAUUGGAAGGAGAAGGAGAGGAGGGAGGGUGGUCGGCGGUGUACUAUAUCGUAA